GUGUUCAGUUAGCCUGUAGAAAGCAUGAAUGACAGUUGGAUCAAAAAAAACAAGAGUUGUCUUUAGCCUUGCAGCUAUCACAUCGCAGCUGAAGGACAAAACAGCAGCCAUGGUUGGAUUAACCUGUUAGGUAAGCAUUAAUGACCCUGUCUCCCACUUCCCACCCUGUGAACACCUCUUCACUUACAAGUUCCCAUCAUUGAACCAAGCAGACUCCAUAUAGCAGUUUCAUUAUUUGCCCAGACACCUUGAAAACAACCAUUUCCAAUUGUGGCAGCUCAGCCAUAAAUUCUACCUUUACAAACUCAGCAAUGUUCAGUUUUUAGUAGAGAGGUGUUCAUUUAAGUACAUGUUUAUUAUUGAGGUUGUGGUUCUCAGUGCUGUUGCACUGGACAACAUUAUAUUGAGAGGUGUUUCUAAUGUUUUCUCCUCCCUAUUAACAAAUGUGAGGGAGAGAGAAUAUAAGAAACACAUUUGUUUAUUCAUAUACCCCUUAUUUAUAUUGUAAUAUUUUUCAAUCAACAUGGGACCUAAGACCCAUUCAGAGAUUUCAGGGCUAAACCCUGGAUUUCCCUGUGGUUAUCCAUGUUUCUGGAGGAUUUGUCAAGCUGACUGAAAAGAAGAUUAUAUCACCUACCAUUACCUACUACAUGACAUGACUAUCAAAUAUUUUCAUGUGCAUCAUUAUAUGCAAAUAUGACUUGUAGCUUUCCCACACUGGUCUCACUGGAAUGAAAAUGGGUUUAUGUGACAGGAAAGGCAAGAAAGAGUACAUUCCUGCUUUGACAUUGUGACAUUUGUAAGUGUUGCUGGGGGGAAAGAUAGAAAGAAAAAUCUGUAAAAUGACAAAAAAGAGGAAUGUGGGCUUGGAAAGAAGGUGUGUUGAUCACUGUUUAAAAGGGUUUGCGUCUGUGCUCUCCUCUCAAAUCCCUCUCUUCCACGCUCUCGAUCUACCCAAGUCUUCAUACAACAUUGUCACCAUGUCAGGACUUGUGCAGGCAAUGGCAAUACUCAUGGAUACUUUCCAAAAAUACUCUGGAAAAGAAGGAGACAAAGACACUUUGACCAAGGCAGAACUCACUGAAAUGCUCCAUAAGGAGCUUCCUGGAGCAGGAGACUCAAACAAAGCUGCAGUGGACAAUUUCUUCAGCAUGCUGGAUAACGACAAGGAUGGCAUUGUUGAUUUCACGGAGUACGUCACUUUUGUAACGGCCAUCACCGUGCUCUGCAAUAAGAAAUAAAUACUUUGGCCUCAUUGCUUCAUAA